CAUUAGUUUAGUAUUCGUUAGCAGCAUGAAGGUGACAGGUGCUUGGCUUGCGCUGCUGCUUUGCACUUUGGCAGCAGGCACAGUGAAUGGCCAAAGGCUAAUGGAUCGCUGCUCUAUGGCACGUGAGAUGGAUGCACUGGGAGUACCACGAGCAGAUAUAGCACGUUGGGUUUUUAUUGCCAGAGAACUUAGCGCAUACAACACACAAGCCAUAAGUGCACCGAAUAAAAUUGGCUAUUCCAAUUAUGGUCUAUUUCAAAUCAGCGGAGAGUAUUGUUGUCAGCCUGCAGAUGGUCAAAGAUCAUCUGAUAUAUGCAAUGUGAAUUGUGAGAAGCUACUGUCUGAUAACAUCGAGGCUAGUGUGCGUUGUGCCGAAAUCAUAUUGAGGAAAAGGGGCUGGAGUGCCUGGCAAGCCGCCAUUAAUAAGUUGCAGACAAUCUCUAACUGGAGCAUUGAGGAUUGCUUUCCUGUCCCAGGCAGUGCAAAUGCAACGAGACUAGAAGGUGAACCUAACGUGAGUCCAUUUGUUGGAGCUAAUAUUGGCUGCCCAGAGCCACGUGAGAAAGAAUUCUUAUAAACAGUAGAGCACCAGGUGCAGUCAAUCGUCAUAAGAUUUAAGCCGGCUCGGGCCAGCUAGGCCUAUCUCUACUUGGAACCGUGUUAUCUCUAACCUUUGCAAUUUUUAAAC